AUGGCCUGCUGGAGCCUUCGAGGGGCAUCGACAUCGACAUCGACGACAAGUACGACAAAUGAAAUAUCACCGCCUCUUUUCAUGUCCAUUCCCCAACAGCUCAUUGCAGUUUUUAUGCUGGGGAUUGAUUCUCCAACGAUGCUGGAGCCGACUGGGUUUGGGUUCGAACUUAUGUCAACGCAUUUUGUCAAAUGUGCCCUCGCCGCUUCAGCUGUAGUCAACAACGCCAAUCGACCCUCCGUAAAGGAUGUUCUGGGCACCAUCGGUUUUGAGGUGGACGAUGGUGUUACAAGCGACAACAUAAAGGCAACUUGGGAUAGUUUGGGACAAUGGACUUCAUUUCUUGCCGACGCAGGUAGCGAAUCAACCUACCACGCUAGGACUCGCCAGCUCGACAUUGGGCUCAAAAUUGUUUCAAAUUCUACCACUCCCGGCAAGCUGCUUCAAAUUGAAACCCAAUUACUUUGGGCGUUAACUCAGCUUGAAAUGUUUCCCGGGCCUGGCAAUAAAAUUUUCCCUAUUGCUUGUGUCAACGAAGGGAAUAGCGAUUUAUGCGACGGCCUGGUCACAUUUUGUGCCAAGAAGAAAGAUACUGAGAGAGAAUUCAAAAAGAUCACGAUCAUGAUUCAAGCAAAGGACUACCAUGGGGACUCUCGGGUUGAUGUGGGGAAGAUGAAUGGUCAUGCUGCGAAAAAAUGA